AUCAACAUCCGCGGAUUAUAAUAACAUUUAGUGAGGUUUAAGACCAACGUUGAGAUUUAUUUAGCUCCUCGUGAGAUCCCUUGAAGCACAAUGGCAGCGUGAUAGCGUUACAGCGUUACCGCGUUAUAGCGCAUAUCGUCCAGGCGCUGAAAAAGCCGGAGCUUGCAUUUCACCGACGGGUCGAGACGCUGCGGUCUGGCAGUAUUCCCUUUAUUCUGGGUGGAAUCCACCGGUGACAGCAUCCAUGGCGAAGACAGUGACUACAUCACCGACACUCAUAACAGGUGAGCCAAGGACCCCAACCUCACCCUGUCUCCUCCCCGACAAGAGGUCCCCCAGCAGUGGGAACAGCUCUCCGGCACGCGUGGGCUCUGCUGGGAAGACAACCCCGUCCACAGAACGGAAGCCGCAGAUCAACGGGCAUCCUUCACCUUUACAUCUACCAUCGAGCCACAACAACCAUGAUACACUGCUGGAAGGCUACCUGAAGACAGAUGACCGAAUGCGUUUGGCCAAAGAGAGACGUGAAGAAAGAGAAAAAACCCUGGUGGCACGGGACCAGCUGGUGAAGGAGAAGGAGCGGCGUGCGCGGCUGCAGUACGAGCGCACGGUGGAGGAGCGCUGGAGGAGGCUGGAGGAGCAGAGGCAGAAGGAGGAGCUGAGGAGGUCCGCCGUCGAGGGGAAGAGGAGGCAACAGCUGGAGGAGGAAAAGGAGCGUUUGGAGGCUCUGAUGAAGAGAUCUCUGGAGCGAAGCCUGCAGCUGGAGCAGAGGAACCGACGCUGGAACCGAGGAUACCCUGUUAGUGGCCCAGGUGACAGUGAUAACCCACCCCCUCUCUCCGCUGCCUCCGCCCUCCCCCAUGGCAUUGCCUCCCCCCUUCCUGCUUCCAGCGAAUCUGCCCCCUGCAGCCCCCACAGAUCACCGUACCGCGGCACACUGAACCCAGCCGACCACAACAGAGCCAGCCUCCAGGGAGGCUCUCAGUCCACCCCCAACACCCCCAAGAAACAGCGCUUUCGGAGGGACAGACGGACGGCUUCUCCAGCGUUCGGCUCUCCUCUGAGGAGACCAGACUCCCCGGCCCACUCCGGGAGGCAGUUCACCUGCCCCUCCUCCUCCAAAGUGACAUCCAAAAUGAGAACUUCAUCUCCUUGCUCAGCACGCCACCAGACUCCGUCCCCCAUAAGACACCAGUCCAACCUCGUAACCAACGGCGACAGAUCCAAAUCCAGAAGGAGCGGCGGCCACUGUGAGGAAUCCAAAAUGGACACCUCUGUGAAGAGGAAUAGUAGUGCAGAGAGCCCGGAACCAUCUACUGUACAGACGGCGAGGAACAAGGAGAAACCUCUGGUCGAUGCUGGGACCAGUAAGGGCACAGGGAAUGAGACUUCAGGGAAGGUGUCUGCCGGUGCUACUAAUGCUGAGGAGGCGUCCAGGCUGCUGGCUGAGCGCCGUCGCCAGGCCCGGGAGCACAAGGAGCUGGAGGACAAGCGGCAACAGCAGGAGAAGGAGGAGCGCCUGAAGGCAGAAGCACUGAGGAGGGAGCUGCAGAAGAGGCUUCAGCUGGAGAAGGAGGAGAGGGACAAACAGGAGGACCUCAUCCGACAGCGUGAGGAAGAGGAGAAGAAACGACAGAAGGAGGCGCAGGACAAGGAGCUGCAGAUCCAGAAGGAGAUAGAGAAAGAAAAAUGUAAGGAAGAGGAUGGAGAGGAGACCGAACGGCAGCGCCAAGAGCGGGAGAUCCAGAAGAUACAGGAGGAGGAGGAGAGAAACCUCAGGAAGAAGCGCAUCGAGGAGAUCAUGAAGAGAACGAGGAAGGGAGAGGCAGACUUGAAGGUAUUGUGGGAGCUCAGGACCAACAUUCACACUAGUGAAAUGGCAAACGAGCAAGCCAUCCAAAAGGUCACAUUACAGGUCAGAGCCCAGCUGGCAGCCCAGGCCAACCUGAAGAACCAGGGAUCCCCAAAGAAAGAGGUGAAGGCAGAGACCACGACGAUGCAGAAGGAGCUGACGCCAGGGCCGGUCGAAGUGAACAGCGUCCGUAAGCAGGAGAGUGUCACAAAGAACGCUCCAGGACAGGCGGUGAACCCCGGGGCGUCCACCUCACCCCAGGACGCCCCGGUCACCACAAACGUUGUCGCGAGGGAGCAAGAAAGACAGGAGGUCGCCCGCAAACCCGAAGAGAAAGACGUCACACAGGGGAGCCCCCAAACGAACAAAGAGCUGUCGAAGCAAGCCGACACCAAAGCACACCAACGAGAGAGCGUGGUUUCCCACGAGAAGAACGCAGAGCACCUGGCCCACACCAAGACCCAGAACCAACGCAACGCCGCAGAGGGCGGCCGGCAGAACGGAGUGGGGGUAGAAGGGAGCGGCGCAGGGGCGUCGACCCCUGAGCGCAGGGGUCACGGGGGGGCGGGGGAGACGAAGGAUACACUGAGAGCGUCUCUCAAGCUGCUGUCGGUGGGACGUCCCACCCCGCCCACCAUCACCCUGGAGCCGCUGAACGUCAGGGGUCCAGGGUCUGGGGACGAGGUCCAGUCCAUGGAAGUCAGCCCGGUGUCCAAAGAGGAAUUGAUCUCCAUCACUGAGUUCUCGCCGGUAAACGAGACCCAGAUCCACAGCGUGAGCAACAGCUGUGCCCUGGAAGACCUGUUAGACCUGACCGGCACCGCAGCCUACUCCAGGCUCACUUCCGAAAGCCACGGAGGUGGAGACCUCAACAAGAACCUGAUCCAGGGUGUGGUCAGCCCCAUGGCCGAGUCCAAAGCCAUUCACACCUCCUCUGCUUCAGUCGUAUCCUCCGAGAAGCUCAGCAUCCAGUAGAGCCGAGGGGAGGUCUUUAAGGUCCAUAGGGUCCUAGGGAUAGUGUGUGGGGUUGAGGUGUAUAUGUGUGUGUGUGUGUGUGUGUGUGUGUGUGUGUGUGUGUGUGUGUGUGUGUGUGUGUGUGUGUGUGUGUGUGUGUGUGUGUGUGUGUGUCUGUGUGUGUGUGUGUGUCUGUGUGUGCGUGUGCGUGUGUGUGUGCGUGUAUGUGUACAGAAAUCUACAGGCUCAGGUAUCUCUUAUGCUGUUGGGCUGAAGGUUUUCAGUAGUUAAUUCGUUUAGAGAGAGAGAGAGAGAGAGAGAGAGAGAGAGAGAGAGAGAGAGAGAGAAAUUGCUUUAUGGUUUGAAGGGGGAAAUUACAGCAAAAUGUGAUCAUGUAAUGAAUGUGUGUGUGUGUCUGUGUGUUUUUGUGUAUUUGUCUGUGCGUGUGUGUGUUUGUACAUCCAAUAGUUCAAGGUAGACAAGGGUAGAUCGACAACAAAGUAACACUUUUCUCUAGCUUUUACUCAUGCAGAAUGUUAGAAAACAGAGCUCAUCACAACCUUGUGUCGUUGCUCAUCUAUGUUGUAAUAUUAUGUCUAGUGUCUUGUUGGAUGAGGCUGCUGCAAGGCUAAUCCUGAAGGCUGUGUUAAGUGCUUAUCUGUCCACAUUCUUUAUCAAACCCAAACCUAGUCCACAGACAGACAGGCAUGGCAAUGCAGUGCACGUCUAUUCCAACCCCUGAUUGGCUACUUCUCUCAGAUAAUGACUUCCUUAGCUCUUUAUAAUGGCCCAACGACGCCUUUUAGCUCCUUUCAAGCACGCAUGUGAGAGUGAGUGAAAUAGAUUGAAUUCCAAUUGAUCUGAUCAGCAGAUCCACAGUACUGUGACUGCUUGUUGAGAUGAAAUCAGACCGGAUCUGCCGAUAAAGUUGCCUGUUUAUGAUUGGUUGAGGCUUUGAUUACACCCUCAAUUUAUUGAAAAUAAUUAAUGAAUGUGACAUCCCGGAGGUAAUUGGUAUUUCUUAUUUAAAACCACAAAUGUUGCAUUUAUGUUCCAGUCACUGCCCUUUCAUGGCGGGUUCUGUUCACAAGAAAACCUAAUCUAUUCAUAAAUUCCGUAAUGCGACAACAUAUGAUUGUUUAACAUGUAUGCCACUUCUGUUUCAUUUUUCUUGCCCCAAAAAUAAUGUUGAGCAAACAAUCUAUAUUUUAUUUUGCAUGUUGCACUAUUCUAUUAACUGUUCAUUGUUAGCAGUUCAGGGAGGAUCUAUAUCAAAGACACAUGUAUCUUUAAAGUCCUCAAUAGCUUAGCAAUCAGUAUCUCAGUAUUUGCUGUAAGAAAUCAUUUGCGUCUUGAUUUUUGUCCUGCCCCCGAUUAUCUAUGUCCCUAAAUGUAAAUGGGGGACUUUGUAAAGAGGCAAUGUGUACAAUUUAGAUUGUAGACUUUAGUGAAAUAGUUUAGUUGAAUUUACUCAAAACACAACUUUACAGCGUAAACAUGACAACAGCUAGUGGAAUCGUACACAGUGAUGUUUCAAUGUAAUUUGCCAUAUAGCAUAUAUUUUGGGGUGUCUCUGAGACUUGAGAUUUUCUUCUGGCCAUUUGGUUUUCAGGAUGUUGACAAUCAGGUUUGUUGCCGUAUUAUAUGAUGCAUUAUCUGUAUGUACCUUUUAGUUUGGCCAUAGCAGCUGUAGACUGUGUGCCAUGCAGCAACAUUUGAGUCUGGGCCUAAAUGCACCAAGAUUGCACCAUUCACUGUAAUAAUGACUGGCACUGAGAGUGACUUCAUGAGCUGACAAAAGUUUGUAUUGUUAUAUGGGGUCAAUUAAAACUCUAAACUACAUGUAUCCAGAAAUAAAAUAGGCAUAUUAUAUUAUCUACCUUAGGAUUGUAGAAUUUAGG